CUUAAGUAAUUUAUUCAGUAUGGAAAUAUAAUGUUAUAUUAUGUAAUUUACUUAUACCACAUAGAAAAAUCGGAAGAUUUGGGCUCUAACGGAGGCAUUCAAACUUACAUCUCAUAUAUUAUAUUACAACAAAGGACACUUCAAUGACUAAAGACAAAAAGUUGAUCCUGCAUGCUGUGCACUACAUCAUCGUCCUGCCUAAAAUAUUGCACUGUAUUUUUUGUUACUUUGCCAAAUACAUUACAUACACAAUAAAUUAAUUAAAAAGUUAUGGCUGCUUACAUCAAUCGUACAAUGUCUAUGAUUGGAGGAGACAGCCACUUGAGAUCAACAGAUAUAAGAACUGAUAAUUCUCCUCUUCAGAUUUUUGUUAAAGCCAAGAAAAAGAUCAAUGACAUAUUUGUGGAAAUAGAAGACUACGUGCAAGACACUGUAGGAUUUAUGAAAUCAUUGCAAACAGAUCGUAAUAUUGUCACUAAAGAAGAAGCGCAAAGAAUUGAAAGCUAUGUUAAUAAGGUUCAUGCAAUCAGAGACAUACUUAAAAGGGAUCACAUGAAAGUUGCAUUUUUUGGAAGAACCAGCAAUGGAAAGAGUACAGUUAUUAAUGCAAUGUUACGUGAUAAAAUUUUGCCAAGUGGCAUAGGACAUACAACAAACUGCUUUUUGCAAGUUGAAGGUUCAGAUAAUGGUGAAUCUUACUUAAUCACAGAAGGAUCAAAUGAGAAACAACCUGUCCAAUCAGUUGGACAAUUAGGUCAUGCCCUCUGUAAAGAAAAGUUAUGUGAAAGUCAUUUAGUGAGAAUAUUUUGGCCAAAAGAAAAGUGUUUACUACUAAGAGAUGAUGUAGUAUUUGUUGAUAGUCCUGGAGUAGAUGUGACACCAAAUUUAGAUGAAUGUAUUGAUAAACAUUGUUUGGAUGCGGAUGUUUUUGUUCUAGUAGCUAAUGCAGAAUCUACUUUAAUGGUGACUGAAAAAAAUUUCUUCCACAAAGUGUCUACAAAAUUAUCUAAACCAAAUAUUUUUAUCCUAAAUAAUAGAUGGGAUGCAUCUGCUUUAGAACCAGAAUUUUUUGAACAGCUGGUCAAAGAGCAAAAAGAGGUAAGAGCACAGCAUCAAGAGCGGGCUGUCGAUUUCUUAUCAAAAGAAUUAAAAGUUUAUUCACCUAAAGAUGCCGAAGAACGAGUUUUCUUCAUUUCAGCAAAAGAAACUCUUCAAGCUCGUCUACAAGAACAACGUGGCCAACCUGCCCAUAAUGGUGCCCUAGCAGAAGGAUUUCAAAAUCGUUAUUUCGAAUUUCAAGAUUUCGAACGAAAAUUUGAAGAAUGUAUAUCGAAGUCUGCGGUAAAAACAAAAUUUGAACAGCAUUCCCAACGCGGGAAACAUAUUGCUACAGAAAUACGACAAACUCUAGAUGAAAUACUAGAAAGAACACAGCGAAUGAAAAGUGAACAAUUGCAUAUUAAAAAGGACGUCCAUGACAAAUUAAAUUACACAGAACAACAGUUAAUGUUGCUAACUCAGGAAAUGAAAGACAAAAUUCAUCAUAUGGUUGAAGAUGUAGAGCAAAAAGUGUCUAAAGCUUUAAGCGAAGAAAUUCGUAGAUUAGCUGCACUUGUUGAUGAAUUCAGCGUACCGUUUCAUACAGAUUCUCUAGUCUUAAAUGUAUAUAAACGGGAACUUCAUGCGCAUGUAGAAAAUGGUUUAGGUGCUAAUUUAAGAGCAAGACUCAGCACCGCGUUGGCAAUGAAUAUUGAAAACUCACAAAGAGAAAUGACAGAACGAAUGGCAAGUUUAUUGCCAGAGAAUAAGAAACAAAUGUCAUUAAAUAUUUUACCAAGGCGAGAACCAUUCGAAAUUUUAUACAGAUUAAAUUGUGAUAAUUUAUGUGCAGAUUUUCACGAAGAUCUAGAAUUUCGGUUCUCUUGGGGAGUUACAGCUAUAAUUAAUAGAUUUGCAAGUAGACAUGAAAGAAAGUUAACUAUCGCUAAUUAUUCUCAAGAGAUACCACCUGCAAUUAUGUCUCCCACAGAAAGCAUUGAUUCUGUAAAAUUUAUGUCAAGUACCCCAAAUUAUCAACCAAGACCUGAUGAUUGGUCAUGGGCUACUAAAAUUGCUGUAGCGUCUAUAACUUCACAAGGUACAAUGGGAGGGCUCAUAGUUGCUGGAUUUAUGUUGAAAACAAUUGGUUGGAGACUUAUAGCUGUAACUGGUGUUAUAUACGGUGCUUUAUAUCUUUACGAACGAUUAACAUGGACUAAUAAAGCAAAAGAACGUGAAUUUAAAAAUCAGUAUGUAUCUCAUGCUACAAAAAAAUUGAAGUUAAUAGUAGAUCUUACAUCUGCAAAUUGCAGUCAUCAAGUACAACAAGAAUUGUCUAGCACUUUUGCACGUUUGUGUCAUUUAGUAGAUGAUGCAACAUCUGAAAUGGAUAGCGAAUUAAAGAAUAUUGCAAGUACAGUACGUAUACUUGAAGAAGCAACUAGUAGCGCUAAAGUUUUACGAAAUAAAGCUAAUUAUUUAAUAAAUGAACUUGAUUUGUUUGAUGCAGCAUAUUUGAAGUCUUUAAAUUAGGUAUAAAACAUUUAGGUAUUAAACGUUUUUAGAAAAUAAUAUUAAUGAUCAUUUGCAGUGAUUGAACAUCACUGUUUCGGAAAAUAUAUCUACGCAUGGACUACGUAUAAUUAAUACAACUUA